CGGCAGACGGGGUCGACAGCGCCGCCGGCCGCUCACAACAGGCUCCUGCGCUGUAGACUGGCCACGGGAUACGUCCAGUCUUCAACAUGACCAACAACAAGAGCAAGCCGGAUGGUAUGAAGAAGUCCAACACGCUGCCGCCGCUUGACAUUGGAAACAAGAGCCCGGGCAGCGUGCGUCGCUCUCCACCCCAGACCGCCGAGGGUCGGCGACGCACGCGAUCCGUGGAGCCGGAUUCGGCGCUGCCGCUGCUCGAGGCCGGUCGGUGGCGCGCCCUGGAGCACGCCACCAGCGUCGAGAGCGUCGCCACGGGCCGCUCACUGGGCACGGCAACGCCCUCCUCGCCGCGCCUCUCGCCACGCGAGGAGGCGCCGCGCCGCACCGGCAGCUUCCGGCUGGCCGAUGGCCUGCAGCACCGGCAGCCGCGAAUCAAGGACGAGCCGCUGGCAGAGCCGCGCGGCGGCAAACCGCUGAACCUGCAGCCGCUGGACACGCGGCGGGGCAAGUAGACGCCAGCGCCGUCUGACGGAUGGAGGAAGAAGCGUGCGUUCGGUAUUGGGCCGACAGACGACGGUGACCUCGUGGCGAAGCGGUGGGAGAGUUGUGUUACCCAUUAAGCAUCUUGAGGUCUUGCGGAUUUCUAACUUGACGACUAUACUUUGAUGGUAGACAUGCUGUUUAAUGCAAACAUUCAGUUCGAGCCAUGCCAGGUGUUUAUUGGCGAAUUUUACACCCUGACUUCCCUUGAUCUAUAAACAAAUAUAACCACCUGCCUGUCUUCGAUGACCAGUUUUUUUCUCCAUUUGUCCUUCUCUACCCCAUUCCCACAAAGUUCCAUCUCUCCGGGGCAAGCAGCUGCUUACAUCAGUCAUAAACGUGUUUUAGCGCCCUCUGGUGACCGCAUCGUUCGAGCAGGCGCAUGCACCCCAAAGAUGUUCUCUGUGCGUGGUCUCGGCAGCGGAGAGCACUCACGUGGCGGCAGGCUGCUCCACAGCUCGCUGUCUUUCGUCCCAUAGCUCCAAGAUAGUCAAUGCUGGCCGAGAUGCUCUAAUCCCAACCAAACCCACCCAGUUUUCGUCCUUCAGUGCUCUAGAUGUGAUAUGUCACCACUUCUUGUCCAGGUGGUGGCAUUUGCCCCCUUUUCUUCUCCUCUGUAUCCCCUUAUGGCGGCCUGUUGGCGUUGCCAUCUUUUGGCAUGAGGAGCGUCAUCGUGUAAAUCCGAUUGUUUCUCAUAUAAGCCUGUGUGAAUGUCCCACACUGCAGAGUUGGACGGCGUGAUUGCUGGCCCUCUCCAGCUAACGGCGCGUUUUACGUGGGACGUUGGUGCGACGUGAUGAUGGAACGAAUGCGCUGUGGAUUUAUCUUCCAAAACGUGGCUGCAGAUCAUUGGGAGAAAAAUUACGUGCAUGUCAUUUUAAUGGUAUUUGUGCAAUUUUACUCGCUACAUGGUUUCUCCACUUUACGAUUUAAGCAAUAAACAUUCAUUGAUCUCAAC